UGGUGGCAGGAGGGGAGGCUUUACCCUCUCUGUCUGCCUUUCUCCUCUCUCUCUCUCCCUCCUGCCUUCCUCCCCUCCCCCUUUGUACAGUUCACUGAAAUGUAUGCUGGGAAGCUGAAAUAGACACAUAGAGAGACUGCAAAAAUGGCUGCACCAUGAGAAAAAAAACAAAACCCGUCUGCCAUCCAGAGACACAGGGGCUGCUCACUGAGCCUUCCAGGGGGCUCGCCUGUUCUCCUGCGGGGGCUGCACGGGAGGCGCCCCGAAACAAACACAUUAUUUGAUUCCUUGCUUCUUUAUUUGAUUGGUUGGAUCGCAGAGAGAAGAGAACAGAGAAAGGAAGCAAGAGGCAAUUCUCUGAGCAGGAGGGCGAAAGAAAAAAAAAAAAAAAAGAAGAAGAAAAAAAAACAAAAAUUAAUCAAACAAAAAUCCGACAAAGAAAUUAAUGGAUAGGAAUUAUCCGACGGCUGGAUUUGGAGAUCCUUUGGGGGCUGGUUCAGGAUGGAGUUACGACAGGACGGCCAAAGCAAGCUUGGUCUAUGGAAGCUCAAGAGGCUCCCACCCAGAAACAGACAUUUUGCACAGACAGGCAUAUGGAACACCUCACCCUCUGCAGGGCUAUGCCACCAACCACCAUCCAGCAGGAUUGUCGGGGUUGUUUGAGACUGGCCUCCAUCAUGCCAGCAGUGCCAGUCAAGACGCAUCUGUGAUGAAUCUAAUCUCUGCCCUCGAAUCUCGAGGUCCCCAACCUGGACCCUCUGCCUCCUCCCUUCUCUCUCAGUUCCGCACACCGUCAUGGCAGACAGCCAUGCAUACCCCUGCUCCCGCAGAACUCUUUAUAUCUGGCGCCGGUACAUUUCCAUCAUCCUCUGCCCUUUCGGCUUACCAACACCCGGCAUCAUUUAGUGGUAGAAGCUUCCCUGUAACAUCCUCAUUAUCUCUUCAAGACGCCACCUUCAGCCCUACUUCUAAUGGACUCCUCUCUCCUCAUGAUCCACUUCUACAUAUAAAGUCAUCACAGUCCUCUGUUCCAUCUUCCCUUAGUUUUGAUCGGCUUGGCAGCACGGUAUUGGGCACUGGAUUAUCAUCUCAGAGUUCUGCCUAUCGUAGUGCCCAAGAAUCAGCUUCACGCCACCUUCCUUCCCAGUUCAACCUCCUGUCCUCUUCUCUCGGACCUUCAGAACAAACAUCCCAGCUCUACAAUGCCUCUGUAUUCUCAAGCUCCCCAGCCUCUUCAAUUGAAAGAGCAAUGCCUAGACAAGAUAGCGUUAUUAAGCACUACCAGCGGCCCUCCAGUGCACAGUCCCAGCUUCCCUCAGCCGCAGCUGCUGCCCACUCCCUGCAGCACUAUCUUAGCUGUGGUGGCAGUUACCAGCAAAUGCAGCACCGCUCUAGCUUGUCAUGCAGCCCAUUAGGGGACCAGUCACCUGUCAGCAGCGAGGGUUCGCAGAAAAACUCACAAGCACGCCAGGAACAGUCUCAAAGCUACAGACCAAUAAUACAGUCACCAGGUUAUUCAACAUCUUCCUCUUCCAACAAGUCCAAAAGCUACUCAGCAUCUAGGCAGACUCCUCGAUCCACUGCCACUCCAAAGUGCCAAAGCAUUUCCACCACUGGACAGACACACAACUACUCCUCCUCCACUCCAAAGCCCAGCUCUGUUAUUGCUAGCCAGUCUCAGGCUUACUCCCCUGGACAGCCACAGAAUCUUUUAUCCAUGUCCCAGUCACAAAGCUAUUCUCAGUCACAGAACCUUUCAGCUGUUACUCAGUCACAGGGCUUUACAUCUAGCCAAGCCCAAGAUUUGACCAGCGGAAGCAAAUCCCAAAACUUUACGACUAGUCAGUCUCAAGGGUUGCAGACUUGCGUGAGCCAGAAUCAAACCUACUCACCAGAGCAUUUGCAGGGGUUGUCAUCAGUAGGCCAGAUUUCAAAUUACAGUGUACAAAAUGAUUCUCAUGUUUCUGCCAGCCAAGCACCUAGUUAUGUUCCUGCUCAUUCACAAGGCUUACCAACUGCUAGUCCUUCCCUAAGUUACAGCACUGGCCAUUCGCCAGCUAUGUCCAGUCACGGUCAAUCUAUUGGUUAUUCUAGCCAUGGCCAAAAUAUGUCAGAUUCAAGUCCCUCUCAAAUAAUCCGACCUCUCCAGUCUCCCACAUCAAGUCGCUCUCAGAGUGUAGCUUCUCCUGGUCAGUCUCAGAAGUAUUUGACUUCAGUACUUUCACCAUCUUACAUGCAGGCUUCCCAUUCACAAAGCUAUCAAAAUUCGCAGUCCACCUUGGAUAGAACACCUUCCUACAGCAAACCAAAAUCUGAUUCUGAUCUUCUUUCCACCGAAAGGACAGACGACGAAGACUUUCUUAUUCAGCACCUAUUACAGUCACAAAGUCCACCUCGAGUCUCCUCUGAAAGCCUAGCUGAGUGUGAGGAAAGGUCUAGUAAAUCAAUGGCCUAUGAAAUGAGCAAAACCGAGGAGAGGUAUCACCUGCAAAGUGUUAUAAGGACUAAUUCCAACUUGGACAACCAAGGGUUAGAGUUAUCUCUUCAGAGCUUAAAAGACAAGAAAAAAGCUGAUCGCCAUAAAGAAUAUGCCAACUCAAGGUCGACUCCAGAGUCUUUGGGAACGUCUGUUGUGCAUUAUAGUCAUCAGACUGGUCCCAUGGAUUCAUACUCUCAGGACAUGAAAAAGUCAGUAGAUCAUCUACCACACAUGGACAACUCAAGUAAAGACUUGUACUCCACUCAUUCAAACCUGCAAAAGACUCCUGAGCAUGCCUCGCAGGCUCACAGAAUGGUUGCUGAAAGUCAGUCGAUGGAGACUCACAGCAUGCUUCAAAGCCAGCAAGGCACUCCAAUGAUGAUGGAUACCUCCCCGGAUAUGCCACUUUCUCUUACCCACCAGCCACCCACUCAGCAACCACAGCUCUUGCAGUCAGUUCUCACCCAUACCCAGAGUCAGAUGCAGGCACACCAGAGAAAAGUACAGACUCCCAUGGAUGUUCACCUUAUGGAACCACAAAGGAUCCAAGCUGAAGCACAAUCUCCUCAGCUACAGAUGCAACUGCAGUCUCAGGCUCUGGAGGCCCACUUACAGUCCCAGCAAAUGCAAGCUCAUGUACGCUCACAGUCUAUGGAGGUACACUCUCGUUCUCAGUCAAUAGAGGCACAGAUGAUGGAUUCCCACCCAUUGCAAACAGACCAGCAAUCUCCUCAGCUACAGGCACAACUUCAACAACAGUCAGAGCGCAUGCAAGCAGAGAUGCAGCCAGAAAGAAUGCAGGCAUCACUCCAAUCCGAAGGCAUGGAGGUGCAUUCCCAGAACGAUGGCAUGCAAGCAUUAUCACGGCCCCAAGAAAUCCAGGACUUUCUGGAACCUGACUUGAACUUGGAGACACAUUUGGGCCAGGCUGGACCUGGGCAAAAUCAGUCGCACCUCAUGUCUGAUGGAGGAGAUCCCCUGCGAUUAGAUGGAGAGUCCUCUCAACAGGUGCCGCAAGCUCAGAUGGAGCCCAAGGAUCAGUUUGAUAGUCCAAGUCCUCAAGGUUCAAAGCAGAGGUUUGUUCCUUUGACAUCUAUUUGCUUUCCUGACUCUCUUUUGCAAGAUGAAGAGAGAAGCUUUUUUCCAGGAAUGGAAGAUAUGUUCUGUCAACAGCCUUGUGGUAAUGAUGAGUUUCCUAAAGCAAGUUGUGCUGAUGAUGGUUCUCAGAGUAUGGACAGGAAUGAGGCCAUGAAAAACAGUUAUGAGAUGAUGCAGUCUAGCCAAGGCUAUUCAGGUUACUGCACCUCCGAAAGUAAUGACAAUCAACAGAAUGUUCACUUGGGGCUUGAUUCUGUAUCUGUCAAACAUGAGCUACCAUCAACUGUCAACACAGAACAGUUAGGUCUAAUUCAGUCUGGUCAUAGCCAGCAGUCUUCAGAAGUGAAACCUGGCCUGACAUCACCCAUCUUUUGCUCUUCCAAACCUAAAAAACUACUCAAGACAUCAUCGUUCCACCUGCUGAAGAAAAGGGAACCGUCUUUCCAGCCUCCCAAGAAAAACUAUGCCCAAGAGUACGAGUUUGAAGAUGAUGAAGACAAGGAGGAUGUACCUGCAGAUAUUAGAUUAAAUAGCCGUAGACUACCUGAUCUUCUCCCAGAUCUUAUUUCUAGCUGCCGUUCUCGUCCUAACAUUAGUCCUAUGGGAGAUAUUGACUUUUGUCCACCAAAUAACAUGGAUGGUCCAAAGAGACGAGGCCGGAAACCCACUAAACCGAAAAGAGAAGGUCCUCCAAGACCCAGGGGAAGACCAAGGAUCAGGCCUCUCGUAGAACCACAUGUGCUGGGGCAUGAUGGUAUUAGAAGGCCCAGAGGAAGAGGUAGGGGGAGAGGAAGGAGACUGACAGAUGAGGGAAGAGCGAGCAUGCCAAUGGAGCCACUGAAACCACUAAAGAUCAAGCUGCAAGUGCCAAAAGGGAAUGACGCUUUGCAGAUGGAUCAAGCAGAGAUGCUCCCUCCUCCCCAGGAGAACACUUUGGACAACAGCCAGACUCGGGAGAAGAUCAAACAGAAGAUCAAAGAAGUAGAGGAAAAGCAACCAGAAAUAAAGUCAGGCUUCAUGGCCUCUUUUUUAGACUUCCUGAAGUCAGGCAAAAGGCAGCAAUUACCUACAGCCAACACCAGCCCAUCGAAGAAUCGGCCACCGUCUGCCCAGCAGGCCUCACAGGCUUCUUUUGGGAUGGCGUCCCAGAUGCUUUCUGGAAGCUUGGACUCUACGGAGAAUGAUAGCCUAGUUAUGAGUUGUACCAGCCCCUGCAAAAGGCUGGAUGAUGAACUGAAAAGAAAUUUGGAGACAUUGCCUUCCUUUUCUUCAGAUGAGGAGGACUCUGUCAGCAAAAACCAGGAUUUGCAGAAAAGCAUCUCUUCAGCUAUAUCUGCCCUGUAUGAUCCCACUGACCGCAAGGAGCCAGAAAGUGCAGCACCCGCCAUAGUUGAGGAGAAGGUGUCCAGCCCUGUGCCUUCUGAGCCUUCAUCACAGCCGGAGCCACCAGUGGCAGUCUCCCCACCAUCUCCUCAAGAGGCUCCUGCUCCUCCUCCACCAGAAGAGCCCCCUUCCCAGUCAUCCCCUGAACAGGAGGAACCAGAAGAUUCCAGACCCCUACAUCUGGCCAAAAAGCAGGAGACCGCUGCUAUUUGCGGGGAGACCGACGAUGAAGAUGUUGAGAGCAGCGGGGAGGGUAUCUUCCGGGAGAGAGAUGAGUUUGUCAUUCGAGUGGAAGACAUCCAAGCUUUAAAGCUUGCUUUGCAGACAGGCCGCGAGCCCCCUCCAAUCUGGCGGGUUCAAAAAGCGCUACUGCAAAAAUUCACCCCAGAGAUCAAAGACGGCCAGCGCCAGUUUUGUGCCACCAGCAAUUAUUUGGGAUACUUUGGUGAUGCCAAAAACCGGUACCAGCGUCUAUAUGUCAAGUUUCUUGAGAAUGUCAACAAAAAGGACUAUGUAAGAGUUUGUUCCAGAAAACCAUGGCAUCGUCCUCUUCAGACCAUGAGGAGACAAAGUCAAACAAAAGCCCCUGGUGCUAAAAGUCCCGUGGCAGUUACUAAACCAGACAAGUGUGAGAAACUGGAUCGUCUAGUACGAGUGGAUACCACUCCGAGAACUGAAAAACCAGAGGCAAUAGAGAAGUUAGAACAGAUGGAGAGCACUGAGAGACCCGAUAAUGUAGAAGAAGAAGAAGAAGAAGAGACAAACAGUGAGAAAAAUGAAAGCAUUCAGCAACCUGAAACGUGUACUACUAAUGAAGAACCAGAACCACAAAAUAUCGCAACCAAUGCAGUAAAGGAACCAGCCAUAGAAGAUAGCGAAACGUUGGAAAAAUAUGAGACAAUUGUAGAGACUGAUUCAGUGCUGCUAAAUGACAAGGAAGAUCUGGUUGAGGAGAGGGACGUUCUUGCGUAUUUGGGGAAGAAAGACAAGACUGGACUUGAAGUUAAACCUGAGACAGUUGAGCCAGUGAUCAACGCAGAAAAAAAUGAGCUGAUGCCAAAACCAGAAACAAAUGAAUCCGUGAUCAAACCUGAAAAAAUCGAACCAGUGGAAAAAUUGGAAAAGUCAGAUGUCGCCUUGGAAAAUGAAGAAAGUGACCAUGUGGCAGGACCUGAAAAGCAAGAGCUUACUCUGAAGGAAGAUAACGUUUCUGCUGCUGGAAAAGAUGAACACUUAGACCUUGCUGUGAAGUCAGAAAAGGUUAGUCAAGCAGCCAGACAAGAAAAGUUGGAACGUGUUGUAAAGCCUGAAAAGAGCUCCACUGCUGCUAAACAAGAAAAGUUAGACCGCAUUUUAAAACAAGGAAAAAGUACUUCGAGAUCAAGGCAAGAAAAAGAAUGUGUUGUAAAGCAAACAGUAAAACGAAAUAAAAAUGGAAAACUGGAGAAAAAUCCUCCAGCUUUAAAACCAGAAAAGUCAGAACUUGCCGUUAAGUCAGAGAAGUUAGAAAAUCCUAGAAAGGCUCAAAAGGCUGAAGUCGUUGGGAAGACCAGUUUACCACCUGAAAAGCCAAGUAAAGAGGAAGUCUUGGAAGAACCAGACAAAGAAGAAGGGGUGAGGAAACUUGAAAAAAUGGAGACACCCAGUAGAAUUGAACAGAAUGAUACAAUGAAGAGGCAGCCAAAGCCAGAAUCGUUGGAGCACACCCCAAAAGUGGAGGCUGUGAAGAAACUUGAGAAAGAGGCUACAGAAGAAAAGGCGGGGAGGAAGGAGAGAGUUGAGAAAACUCCAAAGUUGGACAAGCCUGCAAGAGGAGACCGUGCAGAUAGGGCUGGGAAGGUGGAACGGUCAGAAAAACCAAGUAGGACUGAGAGAAUGGAUAGAUCACCGAGGGCAGAAAAAGAAAGACAUACAAAGGUGGAAAAGCCAGAGAAAUCUACCAGAGCUGAGAGAGCAUCCAAGACUUCCAGGACAGAUAGACUUUCAAAGACAGAUAAAUCCGAGAGACCUGAAAAGAUGCCCAAGUUGGAAAGGAUAGAAAAAUCACCAAAGGUGGAAAAAGUGACGAGAAAUGACAGAGUUGAUAGGCAUGAGAAGCCAGUGAAGGAGAAAAUUGAAAAACACACAAGGGCUGAAAAAGUAGAUAAAGUGGAUCCACCUGCUCCUAAAGUAGCACCAAAACCCAAGCAGAAGCCCACAAAGGUGAAGGCUGAACCACCACCGAAGAAAAGGAAAAAAUGGCUUAAAGAGGUGUUAUCAUCUUCUGAUUCAGACUCCUCCCCUGACCAGCAGAGUGAAGAAGAACGUGUUCCUGUAGGCCGAGUGCUGAACACAAGAGCAAUGAAGGAGAUGUACCGCAGUUAUAUAGAAAUGCUGGUUAGCACUGCAUUAGACCCAGAUAUGAUUCAGGCAUUGGAAGAUACUAGUGAUGAACUUUACCUCCCACCCAUGCGAAAAAUCGAUGGCAUUCUAAAUGAACACAAGAAGAAAGUCUUGAAGAAGUUUUCACUGAGUUCAUCUGUUCAGGAGGCGCUUCACACAUUUCCACAGCUAAUUACUGAAUCUGGGGCAUCUACUGUGAGGAUGAAACCUGGCGGAGAGCCUUACAAUCGGAAAACACUCAACAAGCUAAAAAAGAAUGUAGCCAAACCACAGGAAUUCAAGGUGGAUGCUGAGAAGUCACUUUAUUACUCCUUGUACCAUUCCUUGCAUCACUACAAGUAUCACACCUUCCUACGUUGCAAGCAAGAGACCAACGCAAUAGAAGAGCAGAAUGAUGAUUUGGGGCAAGAAGAGGUUGUUCAGCAGUGCAUGAGGAACCAGCCUUGGCUUGAAAAACUCCUCGACUCCUUCAUUGACCUAAUCACGCAAGCACAGAACAAGUGCGCGUGACUGGACACAUGACUGCUAUAAAAGUUGACAAACAGAAACCUGUUAAGGGGGAAUCAAAUCACAAAAUCAAAAACAAGUGACUCUAGUAACGAGAGAGAGAGACAUGCCAUGCAGAGGAGGAAAUGCAUUCUGUCCUGGACUUAACUUCUGUUGCCAAGGCAACGAGCUAUAAAGGGGAAUGGAUGAAGUAAGUUCUGCAGGCCUCAACUUGACUUUAGGCCUUGGUCUUCAGAACAGCGACACCUGUUUGAAUUAAGGUGGUUCUCUCUUUCUCUAGACUUCUGUCUUCUUCUUUUGUUCUUUGUCCUUCUUUAGCUGGAGGAGGAUUUGCUAACUGUGCAUCGUUUUAAUUUUAAUAUUUUUUUUUUAAUCAUUUGCUCCUUGUGCCGUCCCCAUCAUACUGUACAGAGGAUUUCUGGCUCUGUCUUCUGUUCAGAUCUGCUUCCAGUGACUGACAUAUUCUGACAGGAGCAAGCAGCCCCAACAUUCUGUCCCUUGUUAUUUAUUGGGAAGCAUGCGUGUAUGUGUUGUGCGUGUGAAAGAGCCAGAUUCCCUGUUGUUUGGGGUGGCGGGCAUUUCGAUUUUGGAUUAACAAAUCUUUUUCUGUAAAGGUAACUCGCCACAAAAAAAAAAAAACGAAAUGGUCACAAAGAGAUCCUCACUGUUCACUGCCAAUUUUAGAUUGGUCAUGCACAAAAUGAUUUAAACCUUACUUCACAACCCUAUAGUUUUUUUUCCUUUUUUAAAAAUGUUUUUAAUGUAUUUUAACCUGGCUGCUAGCAUCAUUUAAUUUUAUUAUAAAGUUACAUUUUUUGUCACCCCACAAAUUUUUAUUUUUUUUUGGACAGAAAGUUAUGAGUAAGGAUGCCUGUGAGGAAAACAUGCGUGUUUUGCUUGACCUAAAUACUUGACAGCCAUUGGCAGUGCACACAGAAAGAAUAGAAUUUGUGCAGUUUUACAUUUCAGGAAUUAUGAACAGGGUAGUAAAAAAUAAAAUAAAAUGCUCUACAGCUAUUCUCUCCAAAGAUGUUCAUUAAAUUGGAAAAAUCGACAAAAUGGUACCAUAUCUGUGUUCUGUUGUAUUAGACGUCUGGGGAUUCAUUUUAUCUAGGGUGAAGAGCUAAAGCUUUGUAGCCCCUUGCCAACAGAGUAAUAAAGCUUUGUUAAUCCAAUAUCAAGAGACAUGUUCCUUAUUUUAUUCCCUAUUUUGAGUCAUCUAAUUGUACUUACAUUCAGUAUUUUUAAUGUUGUGGGGUUAAUUCGAUAUAUAUAUAUUCUGUUGCAUCCCUUAACAUAAAAAUGGUGUUAUCAACUUUUUAUAUUUUUUUUUUUUCUUUUAAUCUGGGAAGAAGCUUUCUUUUGUGGCUUAAUUCACCCUCUGUGCUACUGGAAGCCUGUAAAAAGUGUAUUGUUCGAAACAAACAGUGUUUUGCUGUUGUCACGCACUGCAAAACAUUUGCUAACAAUUCCAUUAGCAUUGAGCUGAAUAAGUAAUUUUACCUCCUCUGUCACUUUGUAAAGUCCUCUCCAGUCAUUUCAGCACUAUAAAAUAUAGUAAAAAAUUCAGAUAUUUUCUUUAACAUUGUAGAAUUUUAAAAGUGUGUGCAUUUUUUUUAAGGUAGUUGCUGAUGGCAUGGAGAUAUACUGCUACUUUAAUUUAGAGGAGUGGAAACAGAUUUUUUUUUUUAAGUCAUGGGUCUAACUUUUAUUUAAUCAUUACUACAUGGCAGUUGUGUCCCUUUUUUGUUUUUGGAUGACAAUUUAAAAUCCUAUUUUCCCAGUAUGUUUGAGGGAUGACAUUAUCGGGGAGAUAAACCGUUUGCGUGUGUGGUAUUUUUUUCUACAUUUUUUUUCUUUCUUUUUUUUUCUAAAUUUGCUGUAAAUAUUGUAUAGGAGAAAAAUCUAUGUACAAUAUUGUAUUUGACUAUAUCUAAUUGAUAAUGAUGAUGUUGCCUAGAUGUGAAGCGUUCAGUUUAACUGAACUCGGAUUAGUAUUUUGCUCAGAAAAAAAUAAACUUAGAACAGAGAGAAAAACAGAAAAAAAAUAUGGGUAUUCUUAAGCAACAACCUCUUCUAUCCUUUUCACAUUUACAAUUUUUGUUUCACCGUUAUUUUGUUUUAAGUUAUAUCAUUGGGAAAAUGCAUUGGAAAAUUUUGUUUGGGUGAAAAAAAAAAAAAAAAGUUCAAAUUCUUAGUUUAAAUACAGCUAUGUCUUUUUAACUGUUGUCACCAAGGUAGUUUGUUUAUGAAAACCUAAUGUUGCCAGCAUCCGAGUAAGGCUAAAUUACUUUUGACAAACUAUUUUUGUAUUUGCUUUUUUUUUUAAAACUGGCUCUGUAAUUGGUUCUUGAAUUGUUGGGUUUCCUUUACAAUACAUAAUGUAACAUUCAUUGAAGAUACUGGUCCAUUCAUUAAGGGACCCAUUUUUUUUUUUUUUUUUAACAAGGUGCUAAUUAAUCAUGUCGGACUGCCUUAAAAAAGAUCUAGGUGUGCAACACAAAAAGUUUAAAUCUGCAAUUUAUUGACUGCAAAACAGAAAAAAUGUAUUUGUGUUUCUUCACCUAGAAUAUGGAAUCUUUUUUUUUUUUUUUUUUUUUUUUUUUUAUUAAUUGACCCUUGUUAACCUUUUAUAUUUGCAAAUGAAAGGAGGGGUACACAUAUGGUUCAGAGCUUCUAACGGAUCAUAAACUGUAAGUUAAUAUAUUUUAUUUCUUAAAUAACUACCACUUUGUACUCAAACCUAAAAUAAUUUCUUCCACCAGUCAGAGGGGAAGGGAUGUGUGAGGCACUGGGUCUUUAGCUAUUUUAGUCCGGUAAGACAGGGCUUGCUUCAUGGAGCAUGCUGGCUCUGGCUAGGCAACUCUCAUACACCAGGGGACCCUGGGAGACAUCUAGAAGUUUAGAACUUUAACAGGAGCACCAUACCAACAAUAGUGGAGUCCACAAUACUAGAUAUUACAUUCAAGGCAUUUUGGAGUUUGAAACAAUCCACCUUUAUCAGGGCUUAGAAUGUUGUGUGCAAAAAAAUUGCAGGACUCUAAGUUUAGUUGAGUCUAGAAGAUAAGUAUUCUGUUUUCUUACUGUUCUUUAACAGCCAGUACUGCAAAAAACACUUUGCAUAAUUGACUACCAAAGCACAGUAAAAAAAAUCUGAAGUUCCUUGUGUCCUGCCAGGCUUUUGUUGGCAAGUGAAGUUCUAAUCCCUGAUAAAAGGGAACAGUUUCAUCUCCUGAAAUGAGUUGGCUGUAAAAUCUUCCCUCAUCCUAAUUAUUAUUAACAAAUUAUUUUAGACUCUACAAUUAUUAUGGUGGUGUUCCUAUUGCUUGUUUUGGGCUCAAUGACCGUAAAAAAAUGAAAUUGGAAUUUUAGGAAAUGCUGCACCAAAGCCUAGUACACGUGGGCCAAAUGCCAGGUGGCAUUGGCUGGUUCAAUAGAAACCGGCUGACAUUCACGUGUGUGGCAGCCAGUCCAACAGAAGCCAGUCCUUCAGCCAGCUUAUGUCUAAGAGUGAUGCCCGAAAAAGGUUUGCCGACCGUCUUCCGAUCAGCGUUCUCAGCCAAUGGCUGAGAGCACUGCUUGGAGUGUUCCGGGGGGGGGGGGGUGGAUGGAUCCCACUGUCAGAACACAAUAGCACAGCAGGGGAGAUUGCUGUACCAACAUCGGAUUGUUAAUACAGCGGCUCCGACCUGAGUUUUUCAGGUUUUUUGGUUUGUACCCAAAAAAAAUUGUAGUGUACAAGGCUUAACCGUGAAGUUUCCGGCAUGAAGCAGUUUUUGAACUCUUUUGUACUUGAUCAAAACGCAGUCUUACAAAUAACAAAUUGGCAUUUCAAUGUUUUUUUAAAAGGAAUUGUUAAAGAAUUAGAAGACAAAUUGUUAAAGAAUCCAUUCAAGGGUUUUGUUGCUGUUUUUUAAUGAAAUAUAAGUAAUAGCCAAUGUUUUAGACAGUCAAUGGCUUUAAUACGGUUGCCAUUAUAUUUUUGAUUAUUGUCCUGUUUUUAAAAAGUUGAUAAUGUAGAGUCAACAAUACAAAUGUAUUUAUUUGCGCAAAUGGUUUGUAACUCGUGGCUUUGUUUUGUGCCAGAAUGUUUUACUGGGACAGAUAUUGGAUCUGUCUUCCUAAAAUUGUGAUGUGGUGGCAUGAGCAUAGGAAAUUCAUAUAUAUAUUUUUUUUUUAAUCCCUUUUUUGAGUUCAGUAAAAAAAACAAGACAUUUUAGAUACGUUUGCCUUGUAUACAGGUAGGUUUCAACAAUAUUGAAGGAAUUGGCAGGAUCACAAGUAUUGAAACCUUUUGUCUUAAUAAUAGUAUGGCAGAAAGUUGGCUUCAGCUUUAACAAAUUUUCCAUCCAAAAAAUCUCCAUCAAGUACUUAAAACAAUAUCAUGUAUGGCAUUUUCAAAAUUCUGAAUGUCAGAUUUCCACAAAGGGGGUUUAUGAAACCAGCAUGUCCCUGGCCCUUUAGCGGACUCGAUAUAGGUAUAUAUUGAAUAUGUGCUACUGAGAGACAAACCAGGAAUUAUAGCUCACAACAGAGCCUUGGCUGCUACAGUAGACCCAAAAUGGUCACGGGCAACAGCAAGGCAUUAAACUGUUCACAUACCCACAACCAAAGGAAAAAAUAGUGAGUCUUGCUGUAAGAUUUCUCCGAUCUUUCAAGUUUUAUUAACAUGAUCUUUUGAAAAGUCCACAUUUUUGUAGCCUGCUCAGUACUCUUUGCCUACAGAGUUGGUAUGACAUGCCAAGUUUUUUUUAAUGCAGUUCUUGCAAUAACUAGAAGUAAGAGCUUCUCUGUGUACAAAAGUUUUUUUUUUUUGUUUUGUUUUUGUAGUAUUCAUUUAUAUAUGUGCAGUUUAUUUUAUCAUUAUUUCACAGUAAGUAUAUUUUGUUUAGCUUGUAGAAUAAUUUGUAGGUAUGAUUUCCCCCUCCCCCUCCCUUCUAGGUCUUGUCAUUCAAAUAAGGUGACAAUCUACUGCAGUAUAUAGUUUAGUGGCACUUUUGAGCAGGAUUGGGCAACCCAAGGCCUCAGCAGCCAUAAAGUAAAUGCCCUGCAAGUUUCUGGCUAUAGUCCACUCCGGGACAAUUUUCGGUGCUGUUUUAGACUGGUAAUUGGGUUGGUUAUAGCUACUUUAGAGUAAGGUUUGCAGGUUUUUUUUUAAUACAUAGCUACCUUGAAUGUAUAUAUAUUUUAGCAAAGUAUUGAUUUGACUACCCUAGUUCUCCUUUUAAUACUCUUGGUUUUUGUUGUAUAUAAUAAUUUUGGGCUUAUUAAUAUUGAUUGAGCAGUAUUUUGGAGAUCUCUAGACCUUUGUACUCAAUGAGGGGGGGGGGGUGGCUUUAUUUAGUGCUAUUCUGACUGUAGAAAUGCUGCUUAUGGUGUCCAUUUACCCUGUUGGCAAAAUCACUGUAGUGUAUGUGGACACUUAACAGUUUAGUAUAUUGCAAUACAAAAGGGAUAAGAUACCUCAUGUCUUUCGGGAAUUCAAUUUUUUUUAAGAAUACAUAUAUAUUUCGAAUCUCUUAGUUUUUUUUUAUUUCUAUCAGUGCUCCUGUUGGGUAGAUUUCCUCUCACUUCUUGCAUGGAUGACUACCGAGUCUGGAAAAGGGAGUAUGGGUAAAUUUUCACAAUAAGUGAACCACAUUAAAAAAUUAACAGGUUCUACUCCUUCCACUCUCUGAUAAUAUAAGGGCCCAAUGCACCACAAUGGAUGCAUUCCUCCGAAGAGAUUUUUCCACACUUCCUGUCCUAGUGAUACUACAGGAAGGGAGGGGGAGUUCUCUGUAAUGGGGGUGCAGAUGCUAACAAACUUUGUCUGUAGCUCCAUUUUAAAGAGGAAUUUCAGCUUAAAUGCUACAAAAAAAGACAUGCAUUAAACUUUGUAAUCCUUCUAUCAAGCAAGUAAAGAUUUAGAAGGUAAUUUAAACAGUAGAGACUGCUCUGUUGUAGCAUGCAAUCAUAAACUCCGGUGGUUAGUUUGAGCUUUUCUUUAACCAGCCAGCAGGAAAACAUUAAAAUGCAAGGUUUCUGGGUUAUACUAAGUGAUGGCAUGAAAUCCCAUACACUGUGCAGGUUGGUACAUCUAUUUUUUAUUAUCAAAGGAUUUAAGAAGAUCAAAUAACAGGAAAGGAGAAUACUGCUUUAAAAUAAGUAUUUCUUGACAGACAGAUAGGGACUACUAUAGCUAACCUCCCUAUGAAAAUGCUAGCUACCUGGCUGUUCUGACUCGCUGGCUUUAGUACUUUGAGUCAAUGACACGGAGCACGUAUGCAGAUCAUAAAAGUCCUUAGUAAAUAGGAGGUCACUGAUGACGGCCUACCUGUUGCCUCCUGCAAGGUUUCCUUUACAUCGUAUGGGUUUGGCCUGUAAAAGUAGUCCGGUUCCAGUAGCCAUAUAAGCAGCUUGUGAUCCCUUCAGGAUGCAAUAACCUGCUAGAAAUGGAUGCUUUUCUAUUCCUGUGUAGGUGAACCUUUUGGCAAUCUAGUUCAUUCUACUAGUCCUAUCUACUAGUUUUUUGAAUUUGUUGAUGUAGAUUACUGCAUAACCCGAUCCUUUUUAAUAAAUAAGCCUAUAAACUGGUCAAUAGUGACAAUAGGCUAAAUCAUGAGUGGACAAAUUUAUAUGGAAUUCAGGAGUCAGUCUGUCCAAUCCAGGGGCAAGCAUUAUUUUUUUCCAGGAGUCAGUUCCAUUGACAACUAGAGAAAACCUCAAGGAGCCUGCAUGGUUUUGGGAUGUUGUCUAUUGACCACUAUAUUGGAUUGCUCUUUUGGUGACUACACACUUGUUUUCUUUUCUUUUUUAUAUAUGAUCGAAACUGCUGGGUAGCUUUUAAAGUGCACAUAAUAACCAUAACCUGUACAAGGUGCCAUUUUGUGGUCAAGUCUGGAUAACUUUUAUAGGCAGCACUUAAAUACAGAAUAGAUGACCAUUGGUGAUAGGCUAAAGCAGGAUCCCCACCAUGUAUCUGGUUUCUGCUAGCAGUGUAGACACUCGGGAAUCCAUGCAAGUCCUGUUUUCUCCAUUGCUGAACUUUUUUGGGGAGUGACGUCAUAGGAGAAUUUUGUCUCAUGCUGCCAUAGAGCACGGGUAAGACUUUAAGUCUCACUAUGGCUAAUAGUAUUGACAGUGCUGUGUAAUGGAAAUGAUACCCAUCAGUUCACCAGUAACUUCCCUAAGACAAUAAGAUUAGGUCUCCAUGAAUAAAAGGGGAUUUCUGGCCCCUGAGUGCCAGCCAGUUUAAAAAAUCUGACAAUAUGCACUCGAAUUGAACGCUUUUUCUUUUUUAUUAUGCUGUCCUAUCCCAAUGGUUUCCCUGGCAGCUUCUGUGCCCGUUGAGACCUAGCCUAUGGCUUGGCCUAAGACCCCAGGUGUGAAGCUCUCUGUUGUCCACCAAUUAGACCAAUUGUCCUUAUUUUUUCCUAUUUGGAUUGACGAGUCAUCGGGGGGGGGGGGGGGUAAUAGGUAAUAUAAGCAGGGCUUAAAGCCAAGACAGGUGUUGGGGAGAAAUGAGCACGUAUGUUUGAAAAUUGCAUCGAUUUUAAAAAGUUGAGUGGUAUGCUGCUGAAUUAAUGCCUUGUAUGUUCAAAAUGGCUGCUAUGUAUGACAUGAGCACACGUGUACUUUAGCCCGUCAUCUUCAAUGUCUUUCACUUCCUUCUAAAAAUAGUGACACCAGUUUUUAUUUUCGCAAUGGUAUAAAUAAUGAUAAUCCACUGCAGCCAAUCAAAGUGUAAUUGUACUCUGGAUAGUAAAACAUGAAUGUCAGUUGCUUUGGUACCGUUUACUGUUCUUAGCAAAUUUCUCUUUUCCUUUAUCAAAUAAAACAGCACAACCCAUGUCAUCAUUUGGAGAGAAUACUGUAUGGUAUGAAUUGAGAAGAUGAAAUCUAUUUAGACUUUAGUUCCUACGUUAAAAAUUGACUGGUUGAUAUUAAAAAUUUUAAACCAUUAA